UGCCGGAGCCGGGCCGGGCUCUCGGGGCUCUCUCCCGGGCUGCUCUGGCCCCGGCGCUCCGGGCCCGCCCGGCCAAAGUCCCUGCGCCAUGAGCGGGGCCCCGGGCGGGCGUCGCCCGACCUUCCCCGGGCUCCCAGGUAGGGCCGGGGCCGGGACCGGGGUCUGGGGGAGGCUCGGCGCGCUCGGAGCCCCGGACCCAGUGUCGGUCCCCGCAGGGGAGCGGGUGCUUGAGGAGGCGGCGGGCGCCCGGCAGCGCUGCGGGAACGGCGGCGGCUCCGUCCCGGGGACGCUGCUCUGCACCAACCGCCGCCUCGCCUUCCUGCCCGGCCAGGCUCCUGGCUCCCGUGGCCUCCUCCGCUCUGAGGAUGAGGUGGCCCUGCCCUGCAUCCACAAGCUGGUGGCAGCCAGCAGCUUCUCCAAGCCCAAGGUGCUGACGGCCGCCUCCACCCUCAAGUUCAUCCCCGAGGAACUCGCCGUCUUCUGUCGGGAUUUCCGCCUGCUCCAUUUUUACUUCCCCGAGAACGGGUUGGCUCCGCAGGCGUUCCGGGUGGCCAAUGCCAUCGCACAGGCACGGGAGGCAGCUGAGUGGGAGGGGGACGCUGCUGAGGGACACGAUGGCUGGUCCUGCCCUGGCGAAGACCCCCCGGAGGAGGACGAGGACGAGGAGGAUGAGGAGGAAGGCUCAUCCACCAUGCUGCUCUUCGAGAGCCUGUGGGACUGGGAGAAGGAGCUGCAGCGUCUUGGCACUGUGGGCUGGAGGGUGAGCACCGUCAAUGAGCGCUUCGACAUGGCCCCCAGCCUCCCCCAGUACCUGUGGGUGCCCAGUGGGCUUCUGGACCGCGACCUCAAGCAAACUUUUGCCCACUUUCAGGAGCGACGGGUGCCUCGCCUGUGCUGGCACCACCCGGGUGGGGGGGACCUGCUGAGAGCCGCCAGCUUUCACCCAGCCUCAGAGCCAGGCAGCGAGGACGUGAGGUGCCUGGAGGCGCUGCUGCUGGGGGACCGUGGGCCCUGCAUUUUGGCCGACACGGCCGAGCUGCCCACGCUCGCUGACAUCCAGCUCGCCCACCUGAGGCUGCGGGCACUCUGCCUGCCUGGUGCGGUGGCAGAGGAGAAGUGGCUCUCAGCCCUGGAGGGGACACACUGGCUGGACCAUGUCCGCACCUGCCUGAGAAAAGCUGUGGAGGUGGUGUUGCUGCUGGCAGGGAAGCGCUGCUCUGUGGUCCUGCAAGAGCCCUCGGAUCGGGACCUGAACUGCCUCCUGGCCUCUCUGGUGCAGCUCCUGGGGGACCCCCACGCCCGCUCCCUGCCUGGCUUCCAGAGCCUGGUGCAGCGGGAGUGGGUGGCAGCCGGACACCCCUUCCCGCACCGCCUGGGGCUGCUCUGCCGGGACGCUCCUCGGGAGGAGGCCCCCGUGUUCCUGCUGUUCCUGGACUGCACGUGGCAGCUCCUGUGGCAAUUCCCGGCAGAUUUUGGCUUCACUGAGGCUUUUCUCCUGGCUCUCCACGACAGCAGCUUCAGCCCCUACUUCAGCACUUUCCGCUUCAGCUGCCAGCGCCAGCGGGGCCGCAGCAGCAUGCCCCAACUCCCCAGCCAGACCUACUGGCCUGUGGGGGGCUGGCAGGAUCCUGGGGGGCACAGGGGAGGCCCCCGCACCUGCACCUUCCCCCCGGUCUGGGCCUGGGGGCAGCGCUACACCCGGCAGCAGCAGGAGCAAUUCCGGAACCCUAUGGGACCCCCGGCCCCUGCUGAGUCCCUGGCCCCGGGCACGACCCUCAUCCCUAACCCUAACCCUCACCCUAACCCUCCACUUUUCCUAAUCCCUGUUUUGCCCUUUUCCCAGCCUGGAGACCCCUGCCCGCAGGGGGGACCCAGGCUGGUGCUGACGCUGGCUAAGGGCUCGUUGUGCCCCCACCCCCUGCCCUGGUGGAGCCGCCCCCCCCCGCGCCCCCCCCACGGGGUGUCCCUCUCAGAGAGCCUGGGGACACAAGGGGGGCUCUUGGGGACCUGCCAGCCCCCCCCAGGGCUGCUCCUGCCCUGCACCCUCGGGCCCUGCGUCCGCCUCUGGCACCGCUGCUACCUCAGGGGGCUGCCCCAGGAACAGCAGCGUGGGCGCUUGGCCCCGUCCCUGGCCGGGCUGGCUGAGGAGCUGGAGCUGCUCCAGGAGCGGCUCCGUGCCUGGGACACGCAGAGACCGCACUGAGACCCCGAGAGCAUCGGCCAGACACCGCCAGCAUCUCCGGAGCCCUGGGGCCUUUGCAACAGCCCCGUGCCCUCUCCUUGCAGCUGCUCCCGGCUCCCUCUGCGUGCUUGGGGGUCCCGCGGCGUCCCCGACGCUGGGCGAGCACUUUCCAUUAAAUCUAUGCUGCCUC